GCGCAACAAGAAAACAACUACACAAAAACCCCCCAGCACUACGUCACCGCUAACCACGGUGUGUUUGGCAACUCCGACCACAUCGCGGGUACCACUUUCGCGGUUCGACACUCAGAAGCCGGGUUGCUCUGGUUGGACAACCUCGGGAAGUUGCAAUCCAAGCCCCACUUGAUCGGCUACGACUCCAGUUUUCCGCCACGGACCAGGGACGUGCGGCUGCGCAACGGGCACGACUACCGCGAAACGAAGGUGCAGGGGGUGAUGUCGCUGUUGGUCAAGGUGAACUCGCCCGAGUACCCAACCUGCAAACAUCCCGAGACGCAGCUGGGAAAUUUGACCCGAGGGGUGCGGUUUUUCGAAAAUCGGGAUCCGAUCAGAUUCGAGGAGGAGCAUGCCGAUGUUGGUUUUCAAGUAGCCCAAGCCUCAUCUAUCGGAUUACCCGAAGUCGCUUCCGUGCGCGCGCUUUCCCAAACGUCGCCGUACCGGAUGACAAAGGACUACUUCCAGGCGGGGAAAAGUGCAAGCCACCCGCGGAUCCAGAUCCUCCCUACCGCGAUUUUUGAGGGCUUCAACGGCGGUCAAAUCCUCGCCGCGACUCGGAACCAGGUGCACUUACAGUACGCCUACGCCCCGAGACGACAGGCCGCACUGAUGAAGCAGAAGAUGCUGUGGCGCUUGUCGGGGUUCUUACCAAAAUUAAUCACGCCUUCGCAGGAGAUGCAAGAGGCCUGCGCGCAACUGGAUCACGAAAGUCUGCAGGAGCAAAACGCAAGGAAAUACAGGGGGGAAGCCGAAGACGAAAAAGCUUCGGUUGGUGGAGAUGCAGCUAGUGCCGCUUCCGCUGGGACUUCAACAAAGUUGGACCAUGAAGAUCGGUCUCAUGACCAGGCCCAGCACGACGAAAAUGAAGCUGCAGGAGCGGCGCAGCAGCACAUUAAUGACCCUACUUCCGGAACAAGAAACAAUGAGGAGGUCGCGACGACCGGCCCUUUUGUCACUUCCCCUGUUUCCGAGUGGCGCGACCCCGUGCAACUGGAGCGUUACGCGCGCCGCUGCCACUUCCGUCUGCACGGGUAUUUUCUGAACGACGACCCGAUCACCACGGGCGAGCGGGAGACCGGGAUCCGCACACGCUUCCGCUACAACGUAGAUCAGACGCUGCGGUUGGAACGAGCGCCGGCGCCGGUCGUGCCUGAAGUCGUGGUAGAAAGCGGUACAACUGGAGGCGAUGGAGACGAUGUACCGUCUAUCGCAUAUCCUGGCGACCAGCAACCGUGCUGCGAAUGGUGUCCGUUCCGGGAGUUAAAGCUGUUUCCGGAGCAGGAUUACACACCGGUGGAGGAGUUGGACUUUGGUUGCGGAUUUUUCUCGGAAAUCCGCUUUCCCUUAAGUCUAAAGUUGGCCGUCACCGAGUUUUUGAAGAGGACGGCGUUUAUCUCUAGCUACGGCUCCUCGGCUCUUGCAGCUACUAGGACAGCAGGAGCCUCCACGCAACAAGGUACAGCAAAAAUUCCGCGCGUAGACUUCGCCGCCGAAGAUUUUCCAGUGCCCGGUUUGGUGGUUCGGACGCUUCGCUUCCUCGUGACGCAGUACAAGCAGAUCCAGGUGCAGAUUAUCCCGCUGAUGGCGGCGCAUAUUGCGGUUGGGCGUACGAAAGCCGGUCGACGUGAGGGGACAAAUAAUACAAACGCCAAGGGCGACGAAACCUCUUCUGGAUCCAGGACAGUGACGGGCAGUAGUAAGGAAAGCUCCCCUACAGGAAGGCGAAGACGGCCGUUAAGGGUAUCUGACCUGAUAGCGCUGCGAACCGGUAAAGGAGACACGGAUCACGCGGAGCGAGUUUUGCGGGGACCGUUCCGGAUAAUCGACAGCGGUGAGAUCGUAGUUUCGAAGUUAGAAAACGCGAAGAGCCCUGGUGACCACGCUCCGUCACCGCUAAAUGACGAUCGCAAGAACCACAACGAAGCCGCUUACCACCUCGCCGAUGCACAAGCCGUAGUGCGUGACUGUCUGUGCGUGUCGCUGCAUUUGCAGAACCAGGACCUGCAUGAUGAUCUACAGGACCUCGCUGCCGCUCCAACAAGAGAUCUAGAGCGAUCUACAGCAGGCACAACAGCGACGCCUUCCUCUUCGUCGUGUGCCAAAACAUCAGAACAAACCACCGCCACCCUCUGCGCCGAGGUACUCGCCUCUGUCUUUCACUGGGCGGACGCGCACGUGUACCUGUGGAAACGGGAGAUGGCGACCCGGGCGUACCAAUACGAGGAUCGGUUCCAGAAGUACUGGGACUCGCGCGGCCGGUGGUUGUACCACUCUGAAACGAUGCCGGAGGCACUGCGGCUGGAUCCGGAAGAUUUGGGCGGUAUACCAAACUCGGAACAUGUUAUGAACGGACAGAGUUAGCUUAAUUCCGAAUUUGCUAGCGAUAAAAAUAGCUAGGUUUAACUAUAUAUCUCCGAAUCCCGAUUUUUUGCAUGGCAGUUCCGUCCCGUCAAAUUUUGCUUUUUUCCGCCUUUCUUCCUUCCAUCGUCGCCAAGGUUCGGUUAGUUCGGGCCUCGAUAGCAAGAGAAGAAAUUGCUCUGUGAUCACUGCGUUUUGUGUUUGUUCGUCUUGGAGUACAAAUAGAAUUCGAAGCGUGUCCGCCUGUCGAAGGGUAUAGAAACCGUCUGAAGUACAGGCAGACUGAAGGCCAGAUGUAUUUUGUGGUCCGUGGCUGCUGCGAAGAUCUUGACCAUUUGGAUGGCGAUUGCUGCUUGGUUCGCACAGUGCAACACAGCAAAAAUGAGACGCAGGCUGCAUAGAUCCGCAAGCAGUUCUUCAGUUCGAAGCGCGGGCAGUGGAUCAGCUCGAUCCCAAAAAGAAAAAUCAAAAUUGGCUUUUCCAUUUCUCUUGCCCGAUCACAAACACCAUGGUGCCAGAGUGCUACAGAAUCGAAUGCAGUCAGAACGUUGAGACUUUUUGUUUUCCAUUUCCUUUGUAGCGCAUCGCAAAAAAUAAAAACAAAAAAAGAGACAAAGCUGAAGCUGCAGAAUAUGUUGCUGCUUUGCUCCGUCAGCCUUUAUGGAUGUAGUGCUACAGCUACUAGUAGAACUACUAUUUUGAGUUCCGCUCUCGCAUUCGCUCUUAGGUGUUCGGUAUCGUUAUCGUUUACAAGAGUUAAGCUGCAAGUCGAAGUUGAUAUGAGUGUCCGCGUAGCCGUGUAGCUGUAGGGGUGGGCCGGAGCGUGUGCGUGAUGAUCUAGAGAAGCAGCAAUGCAGUCGCUCGAUGAAGUUGUAGUGGUAGUUCUAGUCGUCGUAGUUGUGUUGCUAGUUGUAGUGCCGGGCUGUCGUAUUUAUCGUGGGUCGUAGUCGUACACACACACACGCAUCCUGCGCAGUAUUUUUCAUCGUUCGGGCCGUUUACGUUUUGCUUUUCCUUUUUCGUUUUGCUUCUGGUAGAUCUAGACGUAGAUUAAGAAUCUUCCGUCAAGGUAUACGAGAGCAACCUCUUGCUCUUUGAUUUUGUCUUUGCGUGUGUGAAGAGAAAAAGAAAAAGGAAAAAGUAAAAGGAGAUGAUCGGCGCGCACUUUGAGGCUUCUUGAAAUUGGUCGUCGUCGCUGGGUCGUCAUCGUUGUUGUGAUCGUUCGCUGCUGGUGGGCAUGCGGGUAGCCCGGCCUGGUGUUAUUGUAGAAGAAGUAUUAGUAAGUAUUCAGAUUCACGUUCACCCUCCCAACAAAUACAAAAUCUAAAUCGUAUUCAAAUGAUAGAUAACAAAUGCAGAAGUCAAAGGCAAUGCAAAUCGAAAUCAUAAUCAACAACGAAUACGCAUAAGGUAAAACUAACAGCAGCCUUUAGCUCCUACUUAAACACCGAUGAAACUGGAAGACAAAAAGCUGUAGCUGUGGUCUACUCCGUUUUGAUUUUUUUUCCUCUAUGAAAGCAACUACGCGCGCUGCACUUGUUUCACUAGUUUCCAUCAGCCACGAAAUCGCAACUACAUCAUCACCAUCAGAGCAAAAGCAAAAAACAGUCUUACCGCUUCACUUUUGUGGCUGGUUGUGUAGUUUUUGUUUCUCGGAUGGCGGCAGUGUCAGCAAGUCAGUGCGUGGCUACGCCCGCACGUAGUUCGCCUCGUUGAGGCCGUGUUGAGGUUUCUCUUUCUGCCUGGUUCGUCGGGCCUCAUCCGGACGCAGUUUGCUCUCUUCGAAAAGUCCAGACGUGAUACUGAUUUCGGGAUGCCGCCAGCAGCUGACGCUAAUUCGCGGACUGGAUGGCUUGGCGAGCAAAUCGGCGUGUCGGGCAGACAGUGCAACAAGCUGCAGAAGUUUCUCCAGUUCUACCACGAUCCGGAAAAGAGUAAAGAUAACGGCGUCGUUUUGAAACGUAAAACAAGAGUCAAGAACUCCUGCUCUGUGCCAUCAUCGGACGUUCUCCGGAAGCGGUUCUCCUCGUACAAGGCAGAACAUCUUAACCAGGGCGAAGAAGCUUGGCGGGAGUUUGUCAGGGAGCAGUGCUUGCGGUUUCGUGCGCCGUUCAGCUCGACGGACGCGUCCGCGCGUAACAUCGCAGUAAAAUCGAAUCCGGAUGAACAGCAAGUGGCUGUCGAAGCUCCAGAGGAUGUUGGCGAGGCGGCAGGUAGUAGCAGUGCGGUUGUGCCUCCUAGCUCCGUCGAUAUGGCGAUGAACCCCUUGAAAUACUUCAACAACAGCGCGACUUCAGGUGGCAACUUCCAGCACCUAAAGGAAAACCGGAAGCAGGAGUACAAGUGGUUUGCAUUGGGCAAGAGCUUAGGCGGAACCGCAAAGGCGCGAAACAAGACAUACAAAGUCGCCACCAAUGCCAGCCUGUAUUCCCGGUUCAAAAAGAUAACGCAGGGGGAGCGGGCACUUCGGCUGAAUCAUCACGCAAAUGCGGCUAGUUCGAAGCUCUGUGGUGAUCUGCCACGCCGCAAAAAGAAAAAAACCGUCGUCAUCCACCGCACCGUCGAGGUCUCCGAAUCUGAAGCAGAGGACGAGGAGGAUGAUCUACUGGAAGAUGAGAACCAGGCAGCUCCGGUUGCCGGAAAUAAGAACGUGCGGCCGAGUGGACGGGUGCUGGUCAGGAGGGAAGUUGCAGAAGAAGUGGAGGUAACGGACGAGGAGCUCUCCGGGGCUGAUGACGUAAAAAUGCAGCUUCCAGGCGGCGCUGAAUAUGAUCCGGACUUCGAUCUGGAAGCUGACGCCUUGCACCAAUCUCGCAGCCGGUUGUUCGGGGAUGACGUCAAAGUAGCGGCCGGUGGCAUAUCCAAGGAGCAGGCGAAGUCCAUCGCAACAAACGACGACAAAAACAAAAACCGCGAAGCUGACCAGGAGAGGAAAGAGGCAGUUCGGGCGGAGCUCAGGUUCUUCGACGCCGGAAGGAUUGGUGCCCGCGCACGGUUGAUGGCGUUUCUAGAAUCAGCCGGCAUCUCUUCCGGCGGUACUGCGAAUGGCGCCGACGCUUCUUCAUCGUCGAAUGCAACUAACCUGAAAACCAACGGCAGCAGCAAGACGAAAAAUGAUAACAACCUGAUCGGAGUUGGAGCCGCUUCUGCUAGUUCUAAUGGAUUACUACGGGCGAGCCAUGAGCGCGUUUUUCUUUCCGGAGAGCAACAGCAUUCCGUCGGGGCGGGAGCGGAGAUCGACAGUCAGCGCCUCACUUUUUCCGAGUUGUUAAAGUAUCAGCAGUCCAAGUCCAACUCCAUGGCGGCUGCAGAGCAAAGCACUCGAGCCAACGCUGCGGAUUCGUCUGUCCUCAACCUCGCGGCAGAUGGUGACGAGUUUGAUUUUCCGGCUGAGUUUCUCCCCGGCCCGUCGACGGGUUCGAGUAGCGGGUCGAGCAGCAGUAGUGGCAGCGCGAGUAGUUGUGUCGCCCCAGCACCACGCGGCGUGCGCGCAUCCAAAUCCACGCUGCUCAAACAGGUUCCGAAGAGCAGCUCCGUCCUGAAAAACAAAACCUUCGAAAAAAAGUUUGGAAAUGUGGUAGCGGGGAAGAAGAGCAGCAAGUUGGAAACGAAGCCGGAGACGCUACUGCCAUCCUUGAGCGGUGCCUACGAUGUUUUUGUUUUACGUUGAAGUUCGAAAUCACAUCUCGUUUCCACCUGAAAAAGCAAAACCAAAAUCAAAGCCUCUAAGUCUAAAAGAAAAGCAUAAGCUAGUAGUAGUACUAGUAGAACUAGAAGUAGCAUUAGAAGUAGAAGAUAUGACCUUAGACGGGCUGCAGUUUUGUUUUUUGUUUUUCGAGGUCGAGGGCUAGGUCGCCGUCUGCUUCUCCGCGAAGCUGCGCCUCAUCAUCAAAUCCGAAAACGAAAAACAAACACUCCAGAUGAAGAGCAAGAUCUUGGCCGAGCGGACACGCAGGAGCUAGCGGCGUCCGCUUCUGCAGCUGAUGGCAAUGCACAGCUCGACGCUUUUUCGGACUUCGGCUUCAGCAACUACGUGAAGAAAAACGACUUCCCAUCUACUGCGGGUGAAGGAGAUGUUGUUGACGCAAAAACGGGCAAUCUGCUGCAGUCCGGGCACCGGUACGGGCCUGGGGUGAAGGAGGAUUUGGGGUGGAAGGAAACAAGGCCGAAGGUGGGGAUACGCAUAUCCCCGGACGCGACCCCAUAUGAUGAAAUCAAGGCCUUGAACUGCUGGGCCACGCUCUACAAAAGCGACUGGGCUGAUCCCCUCGUCGUUUACUGCCACGAUGCCGUCCUUCCUACCAUAUCCACCGGCUCCGGCCAUGAGACCUUCCUCCAAGAUCUCUACGAGUCCGCGUGGAGUAUCGGCUUCCCGCUUCCCGGGAUGUGGUCGCGAUUGUGUCGCGCCGGCAACAAGAUGUUGAAAAUGCGGCCGUCGCUCAUCGUCACCUCCGACUCCGCCUCCGACGUAAAAAAAGCAGUCAGGUGUUGGUCCCAGUAUGCGGCCGGUCAGCGGUACUUCGACCCGGCGGAGCGGGACGAUGAGCCGUGGCGGAAUGUCACCUGGUUGCAGUGCCAGCUCCACUUGGCGCACAUAGUGGCAGCAACUAUGGUGACCUUGAUCGGAUCACUUCUGCGACUGGAUUUCCGCCGAACAAUAACGGCGGUCUCCAAGACGGUCAAUCUCUGGAUCGCUCCGCGGCGGGUAGCGAACGACCGGAAGAACUCGGCGCGGGGGCAAAAAACCGAUGCGCAGUUGUUGCGGGAGCUGUACACUGUCGACGACGCAACGCAGGCCCGCUUGAACGGCAUGACGUCGGUGGAGCAGGAGCAAUUCCACAAUGAACGCAUCGCGCAGAGCGCACUUCUUCUCGCGAAGAAGAAGCUGCUGGAGACCAAGAUGCGGGAGUCGCAGUCGGCCGUGAAGCGUGUAACCGGUUUUGUUCGGACGCGCUGGCUCUCGGUGGGCAAGUGCAUCAGGGGGUUGUGGCAGCAGCAGGAGUUGAUCACCAAGAAAGUGCUGGACAAAAGUGAUGAGAAGCUGCAGAAAAAAAACCGCAAAUUCUUGUCCCGGGCCCAGGCUGCUCUCCAGAAGCCUUUGUGGUGGGGCGGGCUUCGCGUUCUGAGCCUCGUCUUGACGGAGAUAGAUCGCGUUGCCGGUGUGGUGAUGCACAGCUGCUCCAAAGAACUGGACGGCGCCAGCAUCCCCACAUUUGUUGAUAGUUUGCCACGGUGCCACCAAGUCGACCUGUUUUCGCGUGUUACGGAUUUCCUCUUCACCAUUGGCGGCAUGACGAUUCGCGGUCUCUCCACCGAGGGCCUGGCUCCGGUUGCCGCGAUAAUGUUCUGGGCCAUGGUGCAGGAGCUUAACCUCCGACACUCCCCACUACGCGCAUGGCCAUACAGAUUGGCGUUUCUUUUCUCCAGCAACCGGGAGGAGCGGAUGAAGACUAUUGCUGAUCUGUUGGCGGCGUGCGAAACCGAGAAGCAGCGGGUGCUGAUGCCACAGGAGGCACUGGAGUGUUGGAAGUUGUUCCGCCUGGAGUUGCAGAUGGUGUUGGAAAAUCUGCGGAAGGGCGUCGACAUCGGGUGGAGCAAACCAUUCUGCAGGAACUUGUGCCCCGUCAUCAGGGGCUUUCUCGCCAGCAGUCAGAUCGCCGAAAGUUUGAACUCCACGACGUCGUGGGUGAAGCGUGAGGCCGGCGGUCUCAUCGGCAUCUUGUUGGGAUCCGCGCGCACGUUCUGCAGACGGGGAGCUGGUCGAGAUCUUAUGCAAUGAAAAAUGAAAACAAAAACAUGAGCAUCGCACUUGUGCCUCUAGUUGUGUAUGUACAACUCGCGGCCGUAGCAAUAACAGAGGCAACUGCAAUUCCAACUGCACCCAGCAACAGCAUCUUCUUGCGAAAGGUGAGCGCUGGCACGUGCGCGAACGGCGCCCACAAAUGCCUAUCCCAAUGAGUAUCAUUUGUCAUGCUGAAAACGCAGCAUGAGUAUCGUUUGUCAUGCUGAAAAAGUUUGUCAUUAUCAUUUGUCAUGCUGAAAAAGUUUGUAAUGCGACCCCUCGACUUAGAGUCUCUACUUGAUUUCACUAGUGCGAUGCUCAUGGUUUUAUUUUUUGAAAUGUAUAGAUCUGGACUUCGAGCAAUUCCUCUUCAUCUACGAUAACUGCCUGUCACUCAGUGCAACCCUGAAGAUCCGGAAGGGGCUGCGGGAGAUGGGCAUCUACUCUGAUCCGCUGGUGUCGGAUCGCAGCGACUUCUUGCUGCAAAACCGGGUCCGGCCAGAUGAGAAUCCGCGUCGUGUAGUCGCGGAGCUGUUUGAUUUUCUUGCCCGGCCCGACUGUCCGGAUCCACCACCUCUCGUCGGGGGUGAUAAGGCGAGGGGGGGCGGCGGGCGUACAAACUUCGGUGGUCACCCACUCAACAUGAAGUGCUUCGACUUUCGGGCUACUGACAUCAUCGGCAUUCCCGUGUACAACCGCGAUAACUCCGCCGCGAAGCGCAUGCAGUACUACUUCAUCAUGAAGAAAACCAAACAGGACGCCCUUCUGGCCGAGGUUACAGAAAUCGAGGACGGGGAAAUGGAGCCUGGUCAUCGGGUCCGUAUGUCGAUCGAUUUGGACUGCAAUCUAUCCGGUGUUGAAAAAUGUUUAUCUGGUAGUAGUAGCACCAGUUCCAAGUUCAGUUUGUCAUGCGUGUCAUCCUAAGUAUUUGCAUUUGCGUUUGCCGUGCAAAGCGGUCAGGCGGACGGCCCGGGGCGGGGAUGGUGACUAAAUUCGCGCUAUAAUCCGGCUAAAUUUUUCCGCAGGCCGCGCAGCUUUUCGGCCCCACAUCGAUGGGCCGCGCGCCUUUGCUCGGCCUGCACCCGCCUCGUGCGUGGGGCGGCCGGGCGCCGGGGGCGUUCCGCGGCUUCGCGCGAGGCCCUUUGUGCUCGUUUUUCGGCGGCGCUCCCCGUGGCGCCGCCCUCGGCCGAUUUAAAAUUUAAAAAUUCGGAGUGGUUUCCAUCCGAAUUUUUAAAUUUUGCAAAGGCCGGGCCGCGCCCCUGCCAGCUUCGCGGCCCCGCGCCACCGCCCGCCGGGCGAGUUCGCCGCGCUGCCGGACCCGCGGAUCCGGAAUUCGGGGAAGCUAAAUCGGAAGGAUAAAUCUUCGCGAUUUUCCGCAGAAAUUUGGCUAACCGGCCGCCUAAAAGGCGGCUAAAAGUGCGCUAACUUCCCCGCUAAAUAUGUCGCUAAAUAUGUCGCUAAAUAUCGCGCUAAAUGUGUUGCUAAAUCCGACCACAGGGAAAUCCCACUGGAUUUGGAUCUCCGGACCAAAUUUAGAAGAUUCCCGGUCGGAAUUUAGAACAGAUUUAAAACGAUAUUUAGAAACAUAUUUAGACACAUAUUUAGACACAUAUUUAGAAGCAUUUCAGGCGGAUUUCAGCCGCGCCUUCCACCCGCGAUCCGAUCGUGUGUGGAAGGUCCAGCUGACUCUCCGGGGGCGAAGGGCAAGGCGUUCUUCCGUCGCGUGUGGGACGUAAGCUCCGCGCGCAAGCUUGGGUAGGUCGGCGGGCGCUGACUUGAAGUUGCCCGGCCGCUCCCGGCAAACAAGGUCCGCAGCAAGGUUCCAAGCCCCCCGGGCGCGAUGGCCGGGUGGCCGCGCCGCACGGCCCGGGCCGGGCGAAGGCCCCGGCGCCCGCUCUGCGGCGCUUGGCAGAACGGGGGCGGCGGUUGUUUUCCCGCGGGCUUUUUCUGCUUUGCCUCUUGGGCAGUUUCCUGUCUUUGGGGCCAAACAAUUUAGCGGGAAAAUAGAACAAAUUUAGCGCUUUACACCGCCCCGCCUCGUCCGCCUGAAAGCGGGCCUCUCAUGCAGGACAGAUUGCGACUUCUUUUGGUCAUGCAAGACAGACUCCUAUUUGUGUCUGUCUUCGUCAUGUUGUGCUUGUAGGUGUGAACAGCCUCUCACGCAAGACAGAUUUCUAUUUGUCACGUGGCUAGUCCUCGUGAACAGAAACAGAUACAGACUUUCGCUUUUAUUUGUGAUGUCUAACAGCCCCGCAAGAAAAAGAAUCAAGCAGCAAUAAACUGUGAUGCGCGACCUGUCGCGAUGCCAUGUAGAGCGCAGUAGUCUUUCACACUGCAGACCGGAUAGGAUAAAGCUUGAAACUGAUGUAGGAGCAGGAACUGUUGCUAUCUACUACCGCGAUCAUUUUGCCUGGCGUACUGCUGUUGGUUUUCCGAUGCAAUUAAUGCGCGGCUCGAGGAGCAGCCGGCAAAGUAUGCUAAAAACCAAAGAAAUAAAAAAGAGGCGCAGCUUCGACCCGUCGUCUUGAACGGCGCGACGCAGUUGAAGUACUACCACAUUGACACGGCGGCACGGCAGAAAUUUUUCCACAUGAAGCCGUCGUCGGAGCUUCGGAGCGACUUCUACUACCUGCACCGGGUCGACGAUCGCGGUACGCCCGACACCGUAGAACUACAUGCGAACUACAAGCCCCCAAAAACCCACCCUGCUCAUGAUCGCAUCGUCGGAAAAUACGUGGCAAUGCCGUGGACCAGCGUCAGCAUGUCGAAAGACAUGGAGGGAGAACAAAAGCUGGCAAAGCGGGAGAAGCGGCUGCUGCGGAGCGCGCGCCUGGACUCGCCGACGAGGCGAUCCCGCGAGGAGAAGUGGGGGAAGGUGUCGCAAGAAGUGCGGAUGCCGGAAGUAGCCGCGAACGGCUUGCAGGGCAGGGUUUACGGUAUCUGGCAGAUCGAACAGAAACAGUGGUGGGGAUACCUCGAAAACGCAGCUCCCUUCGACCGCAGAAACACGAAUCAGGCGAGCAACAACGCGGCGCCAGGAGUAGCAGCUGCAGCCGACAUUCAGCCACCAGAACUGACGGGCGCGGGCGCGGGUGCGCAUGCGAGUGCGGGUGGGCGCGCACAUGCGGGCGCGGGCGGGCACGCACAUGCGGGUGCGGGCGGGCGCGAGCAUGCGCACGCGGACGUACAGGCGCGCGCACGUGUGGGCGCAGACACGCGCGGGCACGCAGGCGGGCGUGCGCAUGCAAGCGCGGGCACAGACGCGGGCGUGCAGGCGCAGGCGAGCGCACCCGCGGGCGCGGGCGCGGACGCACGAGCGGGCGCACGCGCAGGUACGGGCGCACAGGAGCGUGUGCGGGUGCAGCGCGCGGGAGAAGAUGGAAAUAAUGCGCAGAUGGGCGUGCGCGAUGAGCAGGAGGCUUCUGAUCACGAAGAUUCCAAAGCGGAGGGCGCGGACGAAAGCGGACCACAAGAAGGAAGUAAGAAAGGGAAAACCAUCGUGAAGAAGAAGUACUUCGUGGCGAAGACAAGACAGGAGUUCGUGAAAAGGAUGGUGCAGUUUGAACAAGGAAAAGACGCUGCUCCGGCGGAUGCCUCCCCGGAAGAAGAAGUAGCCGCGAGCGCGUCGCUUGCGCAAUACGUGAAGGAAAACAAACAAUUCGAGAAGAGGCAGAAGGGCUUGGACAUAGAAGUCGAAACCGAUGAGGAGAGUACUUUUGAAGCUUCCGACGACUCUUCUGACUUCGCCUCCUCCAGCGACGGCGGGGAUUGAGAUCAAAGAAAAGAAAAAGGCUAAAUAGUGCCAGAGUAGAGAAUAAAAGUUAGUACUAUUCUUUUCUUGGUGCUAGUCUCAGCGUUUACGCUUCGCGUCAUGAACUUUGUCUAUACCUUUGGCUGGAAGCUUGCGUUGAUGUUGAUCAUAGUUUGAAUAUUUAAAUAUAAACUUUUAUUUCUAAUACUAAAACUAAUUCUAUUUUUAUUUGGAUUUGCGUUUGCCACUGGCAUUGGGCAUUGGCAUUGCGAUUACCAUCGUCGUCGUGCUUGACUUUUUGAUUGCCUUUCCUUGAAGCUAGCAGUGAGCUUCGUCGGAAGGUGAAACUCAUAUACGCAUGUUCAUAAAAGUUUGAUUUUAGGUAUUGCAUCUACAUCUUGAUCUGCGUUGUCACUUUCAUCAGUUUUUCUUUUUGUUUUUCCGCUUGCAGUUGCGGCUUCAAGCGCAGCCUAAGCGUGUAUCUACAUCAUCGAAUUAUCAACAAUACCAAUAGCAUUAGCAUUAUCAUACUCACCACCACGCUGCUGUUUUCCGUUUUGUUUUUGAGCUUUUUGUAUACAAAGGAAAAGAGUGUAAAAGUGCUUGCCAAUUCUAGAUCUUAUUGCAAUCAGAGGCAAAAAAAAAACUCUCAUUCUAAUAUCAAACCCCCAGCGCCGCGUCAGUUGAGUUCGAGCGGUAGUUACAGGAGCACGACGCGGCAGCUUCUUAUCCAUUAAAAUUGUGAGCGUCGCUGGCGUUUUCAAUUCUAAUAUCACAAUAUAAAACUAAAAGCUCAGGCUCACACAUUCGCAUGCGCAUCCUAAUGAGCAUCACACAUUUCUAAUUCUAAUGACGCGACGAAAAACACAGCUAUCACUUGUUAGAGAUUGCACUUAUUUCCCAUCUAGUUGUGGGCGUCGUUGUGCUUGCGCUACUACUAGAGGCUGCGAGUCCGCUUCUAUUCAGUGCUUUUUCGAACCUUAAACGCAAUGCAGAAAAGUUUGAUAAUGAUAAAAAAUACCCUGUCGCGACCACCCUGCUGUGACAAAAUUAAUCUCUUCAAGAAAAGAAAGUGACAAACUCCACUAGAUUUUGCUGUAUGUUUUUUCCUUUCAUGCGUGACAAGUGGUUGUUUGGAAAGCACAGAAGUAUUGCGAAAUCAGAAGAAAAUAGCCUAUGUUGACUGUGUAUAGUAGCACCACUGCGCAAAAAAUCAAACAAAAUAUGUUGUAGUGGAUUGUGCGCGGCAUUGAUUUUUAGCUAUUUGUAUUGCGUAAAGUGAUGAGCUUGUGCCUGUGGCUGCGCGCAAAAUCACCGCGAAAAGUGUUGAAGCAGAUACCGGCGCUCACUGAUCACGGACUCGUCAAGAAGCAUUUCUACGAAGAUCGAGGGUCGUUCUGGUCGAAGAUCUUGAGGCUCGCAUCAUCCAAAUCGUCGUCUUUUUCAUUGAUUUUACGUUGUGCGCAACCUCUUCGGCGAUGAGUCCAAAAGUGGCGAUUUUCAAUUUAAUUGAUUUGCUAGUGCUCUCGAGCACUAUGAUAGGAGACCAGGUCUUCUAGUCUAGUGAUGAUGACUAUGUAUGCUAGUGACCAAAAGCACUAGGAAAUCAAUUAAAUUGAAAAUCGCCAUUUUUGGAUCAUUGCGUUUUGUGCUCAAAAUUGAUGUUUUUGUCUGGUUCAUGACACAUUUUCACAAUCAAAUCCAAUAGGAAAGUUGAGAGAUUUAGCGAAAAACAACUGAGAAAAGAUGAGUUUGUCCACUCUCCGGCACUUCAGCCGGCCCUCUGAUGAGGAAUGCCAGUCAUUCCUCAACCUGGUUGACGCUGGGGAGGCAGGCGUCCCAGAGGCCGAUCGUCUUUUGAUGCGUUUUGCCAAAAACGGAUAUGAUCCCGCUGAUCCGGCGCGCAGCAUCGAAAAGCUGAAGAAGCAUCAUGUCCAGAAAUCCGGCCGCCACGACUGCAGCCGUCCGAUUGUCCCCGACAACCUCGCCGUCAUGCGGACCGCAGUCAAGGAGCGCGGGAAGGCGAACGGGUUGGAUGGAUCGAAGACGCGUGCCAUAUUUUUUUCUUCUAGUUAGCGCAUUAUAAGUAUACUCUCAACCUCAAAAGCAACAUCAUUCACAAGAAAAAAGCUUGCGCGCAAUCAUAUUCGUACGUGAAAAGCAUGCUCGUGCGCUUGCGUUUUGAUCUUUGUGUCAUUCCCAAAAGCAGCACACUGAGCUGUCAAAUCGUGCAAAAUUCAACAACUUUUGUCGUACAUGCAUACACUUUUCGUUCACAAAUCGUCUGAUAAAUCUUGUGUCAUAGAAGCAUGCUUUCGAUUUCAUACACACAAAUACACAUGUAUACUCAUGCAUCAAAUUCAAAUAGAAAUACUAAGAUCUACACUUUCCCAGGUUUAAUGGCCGUCGAUUACUCCGGUGCGCACCAGGUCGGAAAAAGCUAUGCCUAUAGUUUUAUUCAUGGGGGACAUACCUGCCUCGCAUUCGAGUUAGAGGGCGUCGACCCGGAGCCCUUCAAUGUCGAGAUUGUACUACUCUCGCCGGAAGUGGACCGCCGUCCGGAGUUGAUCCGCAAAUACGUACUCUUGAAGAAUAACACCCCCGAAGGUAUGUGUAGCGGGUGGGUGGAAGCCUGUACUUUGGCGGGGGAGGUAUUGAAAAUUUUUUUUGUUCCAGUAUUCAUCUUAGUAUGCGAAACCACGAGCCAUGUCUUAGUCUUCACAACAAGCUUUCAAUUUUUAUCCAAGCGUGUAAGUGUAGCCAUAGUGUCACCCACAUAAACAAAGCUAUGCUCGUUUUCGUUUCAUUCUCUGCUGUAUCAUUAGCAUUAAAAUCAACAAACACAAAUCAUGAUCGACACGGACAUAGCAUGAAAAUCAAAAUCAUAAUGAUGCACUACGUAAAAAGUACAGAGCUGGCCCCUGUGCCAGCAGUACCGCGAUACGAUGGCCAAGUCCGGCCGCGUCCCGGCCGAGUUCCAUGCGUGGAUCGAGCUGCUUGCGGGCCCGAAAUGGAAGGGACAGCUGCAAUCGUAUGGGAAGCAUGCCGUGACCAUGUUUAGUCGUGGUGUUGUCCAUGAGUACACCCAUUUUGGCCAGGCGGUCAACUCGCAGGUCCCCCGUCCGAAGCACAACGACCUGCGUUUAAAAUUCUUCUCGUUCACAAACGUAAGCGCUUUUUGUUGUGGAUUUGUAUUUGUGCGUUGAAGCUCAAACUUCAUUACAGCAAAUCACGUUUCCCACUCUUCUAGUUCUACAGCUUCUAUUUGUAUUGCUAUUCUUCAAAUAUUUGCUGAGAUCAUGCACUGGCGUUGUAGAUUUAACUUGGAGUAGGACAAAAUGUAUGUAGGUCGUAAGUUUUUCUUUUUGACUUUUGAAUUUGAAUACAUUAAAGCAAAACCAACUCUCAAACCCAACACAGAAUGUGCUGGCGUCGAUCAACCCGUACACGGACUCCCCCAUUACGCCCGGUAGCUUGCAGCUUGACAUGCACUACGCCGUGAGGACCAUUUGCGGCUACGCUUCUGGUUGCCAAGCUGACCAGGUCCAAUUCACCGAGAGCGAGGACAUCAUCCUGCAGAACUUAUGCUCUGUAAAAGUAUCGCCCUCAAACUCAAGGCAAAAGUUUUUGAAACUAACAGCGCAUCAGAGAUAUUGAUAUUCUAAUUUUUAUCUUUCGCUUUUGUUCCCCCUUUUCAGAAGGGGGAGGACAAGGUGUCGAGCUCGAAGUUGCUGUAUGCAUUACAAAUGUGAUUGUCAGUCUUUGCGUGCAUUACAAAUAUGAGCUUGCGUUUCGUUUUUGCAGUAAGAGUUAAAAUUUAAAUUUAAAGUUAAACUUGAGCCAUAAUCUGUCAUGCAAUAGUACGAGGGCGAUGCUUUUAUGUUUCAUAAGACUUGAUCAAAAGCAACAUCCCGCCGCAGAAAAUUCCGGAUCGUUCCGCCGAGUCCAAAAAGUGCCGCCAGCAGAGCGAGAUGGAGAUGAUCACCCCCAUCAAAGAGCGGAACAUCAAGAGCAGCAUCGUGUCGCUCUUCCGGGCGAUGAAAAAGGUGAAGGAAUUUUAUGCCAGCAAGAAGGACACCGGCCUCAGCGAAGCGACCGACAUCGCGGAAGCGGCCGCGUUGGAGAAGAAGGCGAGUCCGGCGUUCUGGGGUUUGAAGUACGACGGUGCCUGGAAACUGGCCAAGGAGUUCAAGCGCACGAAGCAACAGCAGGACGAUGAGCAGUUCUUGUUGAACAACAUCGCAGCCAUGAUCAAGACCAAGUACAAGUUCGUUGCCGGGAACCUGGGAUCUCAGGUCCAGGUCCAUGUGGUCCCGUUCGACAAGGAAGUUCCGAAAUCCACCAUGAUGGAGAGGCGCAUGUACGUGAAAGGAAGCAAAGGCGAAAAGCUUUUCGUCCACCAGUUGAAGAACGCCUGCCCGAGCGACCACAUCGAGCGGCUGACGGAGUGCGUCGAGGAAGGGUCGCUGCUGCUCCCCCUCGUCGCCACGACCGCCGACCCGACGAUGGAAAUUGGCUGCUUCGAGAUCGACGAAAGCGUGGACGUGGCGCUGAACUGGAAAGGAAAAGCCGCCGCGGCUGCCGCGAACAACAACAAGCCGGGCGGGAAGAGGAAAGGUAAAGCCGCUGGUAAGGCGGAGGCGAAGGCUGGUGCCCCAGCUCCGGCGGAGGCGAAGGCUGGUGCCCCGGCAGCUUCGUCUGCGGUUGCGGCCGCCGCUCCGGCCCCGGCUGCCGGUGCCAACGGAUCUUCGAGUGGAGCGAGCAAUGUAUUCUUUGAUACGAGUUUCAAAUCGCAGUUGCAACUUGAAUCCGAGUAACAGUAAAAGUAAACGAAAAUGUCAAAGAGAUAUUAAGAUUUUAGAUUUAGUUUAAAAGUAAAACCGCGGAGGUGGAAGUCAGCUUGUUGAAGCUGUAGGGAAAAAAUAGGCGCGUGCGCGCGCGCACGCACACAGACAUGUGCGCGCGCGAGCACGUGCGCGUGCGCACGCGUGUAUAUGCGUGCGCAUGCGGGCGUGCGCACGUGUGCGCGCGCACGUGUGCGUGCGCACGUGUGCGUGCGCACGUGUGCAUGCGUGCGUGUGCACGUGUGCGUGCGCACGUGUGCAUGCGUGCGUGCGCACGUGUGCGUGUGCAUGCGUGCGUGCGCACGUGUGCGUGCGCACGGGUGCGUGCGCACGGGCGCGUGCGCACGUGUGCGUGCGCACGUGUGCGUGCGCACGGGUGCGCGCCCGCACACAUGCAUGCGCGCGCACAUACACGCGCGGGCGCGGGCGCACACUCUUGCACAUUGAAAACUUGAAUCGAGUUCAGAUCUACCUUCGCCCUUCCACUUCUACGUUUACAGUGAGUGCUCAGAUUGAGCUUGAUUUCGAAUUUGGAUUUGACUUUGGUACCAAAGUCAAAAUACAAAACGCAACUACCGAUGUAAUAAAACUGAAAUUAAAAACCCCUCCCAGAUACAGGCCGCCCCGGUUCUGCUGCCGGAGCCGAUCCCGGAGAACCAGCUGGGCUUGGAGAUCGAGACCGAGCAGGAGAAGCGCAACCGUGAAGCCAACAAGGCGAGGCUGGAAAAGGACCCCAAGAAGUGCUGUCUCGAAUACUUAUCGGACAAAAACUGUCAACCGUUGCGCUGGUGUAUGUGCAUUCCGUCCCAGUACAGUCACCUCUCCGACCAGGAACUCGAUAAGCGUCGCGAGUUACUCAACAAGUUGAGAAUUUUAGUGAAACCAGAUGAAGAAAUGUAUGACGCACACACGAUUGAUGAGAUGGUGGACUUCCAGUGCGACAAGCUCUUCUACAACGCCGGUGAGCGGCGCUUCAGCGGAGACUGGACCUUUCCCGUCGGCGACGGGCAUCAGCUGUCGCUCUCGUACUUUAAUUUGAUGAUGAUCUGACUCUGACUGUAAAUCUAAAAGUAAAACCAAAAAGUAAAGAGUUUUAGUUUUUUGAAAAUCGACACUGGAGUUUCAAUUUCAUGCAUGGCAGAGUAUGAGUGAGAUUCUCAGAAUGAGGCUUCGACUUGAAAUUGACAUCAAAAAUAAAUCAGGCAUGUGAAGUACUACUGGAAAGUCUGUGACCCCGCCAAAUGUGACCGCGCCAAAGCCAUUUUUUGGCGGGUCAUAGAGGAGAAGAUGCCGUGCUCCGCGGAGAAGAACGCCCCGAUGAAGACCACCUCGUUCGUGAUCCCGGUGAUGUCCGGGGUCAAGGCCCUCGGCAACGCAAAAAAACAGAAAUCCCGCUGCUGAUUCUCUUCGUGCGAAAAAAAAGGAAAAAGUAAAAGAGGUGAAAGAAAAGAAAAAGUAAAAGAGAAGAAGAAGAAGAGGAGGAAGUGCUUUUUUAUUUGAUUGAUUUUGUGUUUGUUAUUCUAAUUCUUAUUUGAUUAUGAUUUUCAUUUUGAUCUCUAUUUGAGUUUUGACUUUGAGUUUGUAAUUGUAUUUGUUGCCUUCUUGCUACUUGCUGCUUCAGCAGCAUGGUUCUUUCUCAGUAGUGCUACUUCGGCCGUGAAUGAGAGUUGAGAUUACUGAUAGAACUAGAAGAGUAGGGAUAGACUGAAAUGACACGCAGUAUCAAAAUGGUAGUACGCAACCAAUGCAAACGUCCAUACCUCCAACAAAAAAAAACUCAGGCUUUUUGCUAGUCCGCUGCUCCGGGCAAGGGCUACUGUUUCGCGAAGCUGUAUUUCAAGUCACAAGACCUCCGAGUCCGAGAACCAGCGCCAACUUGUUGUCCAACCUGUUGUAGUGAGGAGCUCCAAUGUGGCAAAGACAAAGCGCGACUGAAUGCGAAAACUGUUUUGUACUACGAUUGUUUCACUUUUCCUUUCGUAUUUGUUCUAGUUUCGGUUUCCCUUUCCAAGAAAAAGAAAACAAGAAUAACGUCCCUGCGAAUCCGCAUAGAGGUAGACCUCCUUCUAGAAUUAAACGCAGAAGCAAAAGUACAGCGAAAAUUAGAAUUACAGCGUGACUACAGCUUUGACCUCGGCAAUUGCCACGAAGAAUAUCUCGCUCUUCAGAUUCUGUGCCCUCGGAUAUUACGUACAACGAUAGUAGGCCACCCCUAUGCUUACUCAUCUGAUAACGUAAUAGAUUUUCGGCUCGUUCGUCCUGUGCCUGUAGUCCUUUCGUGCUGCGUGUCGUAGACGUAGACGCGGGCCUGCAGUAUGUUCGUAACCGUUUCCGUAGUCAUAUGAAAAAGCACGCGUGCAGUUCUAACUCCGUGUUGAACUACAACUAUCUUUGUUGUUUCAUGCCGCACUAGUCGUACAACAACAACUAGAGCUACUACUUUUGGUCUUCCGUUUCGUGUCCAUUUCCACCCUGCUUCUAGAUGAGACGCAUCGCAACUAGAUCGGGCGGAUGGAGAGACGUCGGAUAGAUAGAGCCUUGCGAUGAAACAGAGCUUUUUUUGUCACUACAAUUAUUUGUGUUGCUGUUUUCCUUUUCGGUUUCGCUUCAUGUUCUUGCUUCACUUUACACUUCGACAGACGUAGCCUGCAGAAGAGUAAGAAAAACUAAAACAAAGAAAUCGAAGAAGAGAACAAGUAAGAUGUUUCCGUCUGAGCUUGCACUUAUCUGGAGCUACAUUUGGGUUUCGCUUCUUUAGUUCGACGUGCAUCAAAAUUUCUACAAUUUCAGAAGUCUCCGCGUCGUGAUCAAAACGCCUGCGAGCGCAUCCUUUAGCUUGUGCGCUGUGCUGUCUGUAGUGGCCAGAAAGUAGAAGAUCGCACUCCCUGCCACUACUGCUACUAAUGUUUUUCUUCUUGUUUUUGGCAAAAACGAAAUCGAAACUUGCCGGCACUGUUUCUUACUUCAGGAUAGUAGUUUGCUCGUGUUUUAUGUCGGUCGUCCUGGUCGCGCAAUGUUGCAAAUCCGCCGGAGCUGCAGCGUUGUUGGACCUAGGCCAAUUGUGAUUAUUUCUACCUCCACACGUAUAAUAACAAGCUCAAGUAGAAGUGCCAGAAAUCGAAGCUGUUUUCUUUUUUCUUUCGACUGGAAGAUAGCAAGAAAGUAAUUUCCGCCACAACCGAAAGCAGAGCUUGUUUGCCUUCGAGUGGAAGCACGUAUCUCUUCCGUAGAAUAAAAGAACUCAGCUUCGAAUCACUUCAUGGUUGUUGUGUCGCGCGUAUCUGCAGCUACUUCCUUCCGGUCGUAUUGCAGUGCCGCGAUUUUACGUAUCUCUGCACAGUUAGCUGCCUGCUUGAAUGUAGCAGCGAAAAUUUCGAUCUCUACACAUAGACUACCCAGCUUUAAAAUUAAAAAUAGCGUUGAAAUUAUCACAUUCUUUUUUCGGCCAACGCGAAGUUGUCGCUUGCCCCCAUCUAAUCAUGCGGCAUUGCUGCGUCUCCGUUUCUGAGCCAGCAUAAACAUCAACAUUUCGCUGACUGGCAUCAAGGUCUCACCUGUCCGGUGCGGUCCUUUUUGCACUUUCGGCAGCAACGUUUCGUUACCUAGUCCUGCUUGUAUGUUGCUCGCAUGCUACGCGGCAUCCGCAUUCCAAGAAACAGAGCCAGCACUUGAGCUACAGUGUGAACAUCUGCCCCCGUUGAAAUGAAUUCGGGCGCAUUGGCAGUGCUAACUCUAAGACGCGAGCAAAUACAGCGUUUCUACAGUGACUAUGCUUCUACUUCAUGCGUGAUCCGAUUUUGAUUUUCAUAAUCGCUUCGCUUGAGUACAUGCGUUAGCGCCAGUAGUCGCGGCAGUGUGGGAGAUAUUGCGCGCUGGUCUCCACCUGGAUCGCGAUCCAUGGUGAGGCCGUCACGUUGCGUUGAUGUCGCAAUCUCACCGAAGUGCAGUAGGAUAAGGUGACGCUAACAAUUAUACUAGCACUACCCUAGACGUUGACGCUUUCGACUAUCAAAGAAUAACAAAUGCUCCCCCGCGUUUUAGAUACCACUCUGACACUUGUGUGCCACGCUGCGAGUGGUGUUGAUGAAUGGAAGCUGAGUCUGAAACUGAUUUCGAAUUGCACUACCCGAGCAAACGUUUCUUAUUGCACAGAAUGCGCGAGCGUCUGUGUCUGUAAAAAUGCAUCUCCUUGUGAAUCAAAAUCAAAAACAGAAAACAGCUGCUCGCUGCGAACGAGGCAGCAGACUGAAUAGAAUGCGUUAAGGGUGGCGGUCGCCCCCCUAAGAUGUUCCAACUCGGGCGCAUCUCCCUGCGUUGUCCUUGAGCCACAUAUCGUGAGCCUCAGCUUCACGCUCGCAGAGAAAGGCAAGCGCAAAAGUGAAGCAGAGUGAUCGAUUAGUGUGAGCGCUCUGAGGGAGUUGGGCGCUUCUUGCACUUGAGGGCUCCAAGGCUUUUGUGUUUUAGUAUUUAUGAUUGUGCUUUUCAUUUUCGUUUGCCUUUUUGUGGAUAUGAGUAUGUGUACGACUAUGAGGGUGAGGCGCGUUUUAGUUCCAGUGGGAUUUACUUUUGGCUUUUGGACUGUGCGCGUGCUUCCCACCAACGAGUCUGAUCCCCGCACGACCACAAAGACAAAACUAAAAGCAAAAGACGGGAGUGCUCUACAUCUAGAUCUAGAACUAAAGCCGAGUCGUAGUGUAAAGAUAAAAAGCAGAAUCUGCACCAAGAUGGCUGAGAAUGACUGAGAUGCAUCAGUCCCGUUUUGCGAGCCGCAGCAUCCAGGUGAGAGGGAAGGACCGCGAGACCAAGCACUACUUCGGGGAGCCGCUCGGCAGCAUGGUGCUGCAAUACACUUGUGGGAAUCGCCGGACAUUGUUGCGUCGCUUAUUCUCGCCUUGGUCUUAUUCUUAACGUAAGCUAAAGCUUCCACUUCGUGGUGGUUUAGGAUUAGGCUUCAAAGUGAAAACUCAGAGAGGAAGUCAUGUGCCAACUCAAAACGAAUGCGAAAGCUGAGACACAAGCUCGCUGUACUCUAGACAUGGACUUCGCUCAAGAGUUAGACUUGCGACACAACUGCGUCUGUGAUUCAGCAUCAACAACAACGACAGCGCAGUCGCAUUCGCUUUCAGUUUCACACCAAAUAAGACGAGAAUAAGCGCGAUGGCAAUGAAUGCCCGGCGUUUUUGUUUCUGAUACACUGUCCCGGCAUGGUCUGUCGUACUACACGAAGGUCGCGACUCCUUUCUCUUCUCGGCCAAACCGGUACAAGGGCGAGGACUACACCACCUGGACUCUGCGCGACGGCGACACUCACUGGGAGAGUUUCCGCAUCUUGCCCGCCCCCAACGAGAAGUGCUUUAGCAUCGAGCGCGUGACGCGGGUAUAGCAGUAAUUUCAGUUUUUGUUUUUCUUAUUCUUUUUCGCUUCUUUUUUUAACUGCGUCCUUUUCUAUUUCUUUAUCAUUAACAUUAGCAUUUGCAUCAUCUCUAAGGGCCUUCCCCUUCGCCUUAAUCGGAACAACGGCAGCACAGAUGAAAAAGAAAACCACGCAGCAUUGUGCCUGUUCCUGUUGCUGUGUCUUGGCGAAGACGCAAACUGAUUGCAAUUCUAAAACCAAACCCCAUUGACACAGAUCCCCAAGGAAGAGUGGGAGGGCACCGCGGAUGGAUUGAUUACGCCGUGGGCCACGAACCCGGAGAAGAAGAGAAAAAAGGUAGCCGGAGUGUUCUAGUCCGACGAAUCAAACACGGACCAGUCUUCUCUGUCGCGGCUCUGUCGCGCGUCGACUGGUGAAAAAGAAAACGGAUGUGGCGAAGAGGGCGUUGCGACUGAUGAAGAAAUAAAAACAGCCACAGACACGAGCCUGAUGUAGAUGAGGAGCAAGACAAACACAGAGUUUGAAACUUCAAAGAUAGGCGGCUUUACUUGAUUAGGCUUUCCGCUUUGACAACCUAGAUGAUGCCAUGCGAUCAAAGAAUGAAAAGCAACAGACGUCCUAUCCGGAUCAAAGAUCAAAAAAAGAAGAUGGGCAGAGCCACAAAGUCAAAGCCAGAAUGUAAAUGGGCAUGAUGAUGAAGAAGGUGUCCGUAACCACAUAGAUCAACGCCACGCAGUGCCUGCUCCUGCUGCAGAUGCAGUGCAAUUUGAAUUCCAUUUCCGUCAGGCGGACACCUGCCGCCGGAUUUUUCCGCUUAAAUCAGGCUAAAGAAUUGCUAAAAGCAAAAGACUAGGCCCCCGGCGGCGUUUCGCCAGUGCGCGCGCCGGGCCCUUGUUUUGUCCAAUGCCUUGCGCCGUGGCCGCGCAGGCAUUGGGCCGGCCACCUAGCACCCCCCGGGCUUUGUUUGCCCUCCCUCUUUCAGUUUUGCUCGUCGGUGGCGCUUGGGUUCUCCCUGUGGAGUUUCUGCUUUCUCAUGGCUUGGCCGGGGCGUCGCCAAAGCAGUCCCGUUCCAUCCGUUGGGGCCGCCGCUACGUCCGUUUCAUGGUGGAUCGCCAGCUGCGGCAUUUGCCAGCCGCCCGGAGCAAGGAAAGUGCUCCAAGCAGAACAACGCCUGGGUGCGGCCCGGGGCGACCUUCUUUGGCGGUGGAGACGUCGUCUGGGGUGAAGGUGUUUGUUGUUCUGCUCGGGUUGUUUUCUUGCUUCGGACGGCAAGGUUGCGGCCCCUCCGGAAAGGGCCGGAGUUGGGUCCGGAGUUGGUAGUUUUCGGCACUGCUAAAAUCGGGAUUUGGACUGCUAAAGCGAUUGCUAAUUUGAAUGCUAAAAUGCCUGACCCUUGAAAAUCGGAACGAUUUUCAAGUUUUGGCAUUUUAGCACAAAAUUAGCAAUUUUUUAGCAGACACUUUAGCACGGAUUUUAGCAGACGAAAACUACCGCGGCGGGAUGUGGUUCCAGGGGAUUUAGCAGUGAAUUAGCACUGAAUUAGCAGACUUUUAGCAGAAUUUUAGCAGACCGGCCGCCCCCCCAACAUCUUGCGAAACGGGGGGAAUCGUUGGUGUUGGGGGGCCGUUCGCAGGAUCGGGUGUUCGGGAAGGUUCUGUGGGGAGAACCGCUGCUCAAGUCUGACUGGUCAUUCGGGGUGCGAAUGGCUGCCGCGCAAGUCCGCCGUCGGGGAGGUGUUUCGCUUUCUCCCGCCCCAGCCCGUCGUCCUUCCGCCGGCCGGCGCGCUUGCGAGGCCCGCAGGGGGGCCGGCGCGCAAGCAGGUCUGACCGGGUUUUUCUGAAGGGGCGCCUGCCUUCGCCUCCUUCUUCCGCCUCGCCUGUCUUCGGGCCCGGGACAAGGCGGCCAUCUUCCCUUUUUUCCGGUUGUCGCGCGUGCUUCCCGUGUUGCUUUGGGGAAAAAAUUUGUUUAGCACUUUUUCAGCAGCUUUUUAACGAAAAAGCCCGGCGCCCUUUGUCCGCCUGAUUUCCGCGCGCGCGCUUAGAGUUAGAUGCGUUCGCGUCCGCACCCGCAGUUCAACGCUCAGGCUCCACGUUGAUGCUACACCUAGACCUAACGCGAAAUGUCAUCCCAAUCUACAACCGGAUCCCCUUCACAUAACAAAUGAAUCAAAAUUCAAAUGGUCCCGGCGUUUUUGGCGGGGGAUGCGAAAGCUUUUUUUACCAACUGCCGCCGUGUCUACGUCUCGCGGAUCAUAACUUUCAUGCCCAUUGAUCAAAAUGCUUCGCGAUCAUGGACCAGCUAACUCGUAGUCGCUAGAUCCAAAGCAAUCCAUGCAAAUGCUUCUUUUUUUUUUACGGGGGCGUGGGCAUCCCAUGUAUUUCAACACCCACUGACUCGCAUGCGUUCAAUCAAAAAAAUCGGGAUUCGGAGAUAGUAUCUAGAUUAGAAAACAAAGAUUUGCAGUCGUUGAGCACAGCGGAGUCGGUGUUCCACCAAAUUUGAAAUCGUUAAUUAAUUGUUAAACCUAGCUAUUUUUAUCGCUAGCAAAUUCGGAAUUAAGCAACUCUGUCCGACCAUAGAACAUGUGUACAGAAAGUCAGAGGCUGAUGAAACGACGAAAACUCCUAUUACGCAGUUUAGUGUGCGACCAUCAAGCAGCACUUAUUCGGCGACGUCGAACAAUAUCCACGUAUCCCCUUCUACGAAGUCCUCCUCCUCCCGCCGCCCUGCACAAGAUAAAGACUCAUCCUCUGGUGGCACUUCCACAGCUACUAGACCACUUUCACCGCAGCGAAAGCUCCAAAAUGAAGAUCCCUCGUCAACAUCAUCCCCCUUUCCCUUUCCCGCCGAAAAAAACUUUCCCCGGUCUCUCCCCACGGUAUUCGACAGUGCGAGCGGUCACGACUUUGCACCAACCGCAGCCUUAUCAAAUGCAAAAAUGUCUGGGUCUGGAAGGAUGCAACUUGUGAUGCAUGUUGCGCAUCAUACAAAAAUCUGUGUUGCGUGACUUGCAAAAGGUGCUCAUUUCUGGCCAUGCUGAGGGGGCAUUUCUCAUGCAGAACAGGCAUCACAAAGGGGCUGCAGAUCCUGUGAUGCUAGGCCCUGCAUUCCAGACUUGGUGGAGCUUGGACAAACUGCAUGACAAAUCUCGGAAUCUUCCAGACCCAGACACUUUUCCAUUUGAUAAGCCUUUUCAGAAAGCGAAGUCUUCCGGGAAAAACGGCCACUGAACAAUUCGGAGUUGCUCGCACACUUCCGGAGGAGGAAACGAAAACAGACCGCAGACAAGAGCAAACCCUCGCUUUCAUCGCAAGAACGUAGUGCUCCAGGGAUAGAACGACCACCUCGCCUGGAAGAAGAUGCUUCUACUAGAACGGAGCUACAGGUGGAGCAGGAAACGACCGGCGCAAGAAGUACAACCUAUCGCGAUGUUGAUGACCACACACCCACCGCUAGCACGAGUGCAACCACCGAGUCCUCCUUUUCCGAGCAGGAAGUGUGGCUCCCGGACGGCCUUCCCCUCUGCCUCUUCUUUCACCGGGCGGAUUCCUGCCUCUUUGAGUAUCAAAGUGUAACCUGGGAAGAGUUCUUCGAAAGCAUGGAGUCCUGUUCCGGGAUGAGCCUGUUUCCGCAUUUGCCCCUCGUCCUGUUGCGGUUCGGCUACACAGAGGAGGUGAAGACGGGGGGUGGUCGCGAAGAAGAUGGGCGUGUGCUGGUAAAGGCAGAGAGCAGCAACAGCCGGAACAGAAGAACGGAAGAAAGCGCUGAUGUGACAGCUCGUUCCGCGGGGUACUUUGAUUCUAACAAGUGGAUGAGGUACAUGGUGGAGGUUCUGAACAUAGCCUUGGCAUGA